AUGAAUUUUCAUGGAAAACAAACACCCGAUGUUGCUGAGUUGGUAUUGUUAUUUAUCAGCCAUUACGCAAAAUAUGAUUUCAACCAUAUCAGCUUGCACUUACACAAUGCCUCUGUAAUUCAAAGAAAUCAGUUCAGCGAUACGAACGCUAGUUGUGCUUCAGAGAUUGAAACUGUUGUUACAGAGGCAGUUUACUCAUUCAGUUUUUUUGUUUUCAGUAACAACCACGAUCAGCAGUAUGUGUCAAUAUUCGAUCCAUAUGCGUCCACAACAAUCUGUCGCGUGAAAGGCGGAGCGGAUCUGCUUUCAAAUGCAUUUCAGGCAACUAAAAAAGCAAUGCUUGCUGGUCAUUACCUUGGCUGGCCAGUUUCAAUGAACUGA